AGAUCUUUCUUUACUUUCCUCAUGCUGGAGUGGUUAAUGUCGAUUUGGUUUCUUCAAUUACUGUAAAAACUGUACAGAAAAAAUGAGGGUAGAAAAAUGUUAUUUCUGCUCGUCACCUGUAUAUCCGGGACAUGGGAUUAUGUUCGUGAGGAAUGAUUGUAAGGCUUUCAGAUUUUGUCGCUCCAAAUGUCACAAACUUUUCAAAAGGAAACGUAAUCCCAGGAAGACUAGAUGGACCAAAGCAUUCAGAAAAGGAGCUGGAAAGGAAUUAACUGUUGAUCCUACCUUUGAAUUUGAGAAAAGAAGGCAUGUUCCAGUGAAAUAUGAUCGACAGCUGUGGCAAAAUACAGUGAGUGCUAUGCAAAAGGUUGAAAAAAUUAAACAGAGGAGACAAUCACACUUUAUUUUGAAUAGACUUAAAAAGGGCAAGCAGCUGGAAAAAGAAAAGGAUCUCAAGGAAGUUCGAAGGGACCUAAGUCUCAUCAAAUCCCCAGCAGCUUCAAAAGCCAAAAUGGAACAACGAUUGAUGGAAGUUGUGAAAGAAAAUUCGGACCAGGAAAUGGAGGAGAACGCUUGAUAUGUGUAGUAUUGGUGAAGAAAAAAAAACAUUUUGUCGGUGUACUGAGAUUGAUAAGUGAGCAAAGUCUAAUAAAAUUGUCUCUCUUAAUGAUUAUUUUGCCUCGUAAGGUAUAUGUUUUCAUCAACUUUUCACUGACUUCCAGAAAUAAAGUACAACUUAAAAGAA